UCAGCCGGGGGUGCGCGGAGAACUGCGCACAGCAGCUGAGGCCCUCUGGGCGGGGCCCCCUGCGCAAGGCGGGGCCCCAUGCAGCCUGCGUGAUUGGCCUGUAGGGAGGGGCGGCCCUGAGUGUAGCUGCACACAUGCUGAGGCUUCAUUUGCUGUAAUGCACACUUGAACGGUAUCUUUUGAUAAUAGAAGAAACAACAAAUCAGACAGAAUGCUUUUUCUUGCUAUCUUCGCUGUUAUUGCAGCCUCUGCUAUAGCUGACCCUGAGACUCAGAGCUAUUCCUACUCCCCUCCUGCGGGGUCAGGGAGUGGCUCUCCGUUCAGUAUAAUUGGGGAGGGAAGAAUCACAGCUGUACGAGUGUGGGAGUCGUCCUACAUACGAGGCUUCCAGUUCCGCUACGGCUUCACCUGGUCUUCAGUUUCGGGUACGACAUCCGGCCAGCUACAGGAGAGGGAAUUGUCUGGCGGUGAAGCCAUCAUUCAGAUUUCUGGGAUGUACAGUCACUACGUGCAGUCAGUGGUGUUCGUAACUAGCAAGGGCCGCCAUUUUGAAGCAGGCCAGCCCUCAGGCACUUCCUUCAACAUGUAUCCCAGCCACAAGGGUGCCGAGCUGGUCCUCAUCAGUGGCACUACCCAUGGAGGAAUCACCUCCAUCGCAGCAAUCUGGGGUCGAGUUGAUACAUCUGCUACUCACACUGAUCACUGAGAAGUAGAGCUUGCCUGAGGAGAUGCUACCAUUUAACCAACAACUUGGCCAAACCUAUGUAUGAAAAUUAUGGUUUAUUUCAGAAUGUAAUUCGUCUGUUCUGCGGUGCAACAUUUUAACAUCACAAAUCUGCACAUUUGCACUUUUGCUUGCUGAAGUGCUGUUCUUUAUUUAGCUGGAAACAUAUUUUAUAGUUAAAUCUUUGUUCUGAUGAAUGUAUGGAAUGAGAGAACUUGACUAUUCCUACUUAAACACUUUCAAAUUAUUUCCAAACACAUAUGAGCAACAACACAAAUUCACAUUAUGUUGCUACUUAUGCUAAUUAAACAGCUGACAUGCUCAUAGCUUCUUGAUUUCUAUAUAUGUAUGAGCAUAUACAGUACGUGUAAUGAAGAAAAAUGAUUUCACAAACUCCUGCACCAUAUAAAAGCUUGAUGAAAUGUAACUUUAAUUGUUUUUCCGGCAUAGCAUUUGUACACAUGAUGCUCUUGUCAUUUUUUGAAAAAUGUACUAGUUGAUAAAAAAAGAACUCUGUAGCCUACAUGAAAGCUGCUGACAUAUUGUGUUUUUCAAUACUCAUAGAUACACACACAUAGAGAAACAAACUCUAUAAUAAUAAUGACCUAUAGCGUAAUAUAACAAUAUUUUCAUAUCAAUUGACCAUCAACCAUCAAUAGACUAUCACGGGAUAAUAAUAUGUCUGUUUAAUUGUAAGGGCAAAGUUGGCUACAGCAGUGUCUGAUACACUAUAAGGCGACACGUGUAAGUUGUAAAGAUAAUGCUAAUUUCUAACACCAGUCCUUGAUAGGCAUUUAUGGUUCAGAUGUUACAGUGUAAAAUCUUAAAAGAAGCACACUUAUCUUUACAGAUGAUCCAUUUGAUUUCUGAAAAAGCUAUAGUAGCUAAUGUUCACAACAUUAUAAAAGUUCGUUUUAGCAUGACUGCUAUCUAGCUACUUCAUGUUUAAUGACCAAUAUAUAUAUAUCUCUACUACCCCAGGCAUUGUCACAACAGGGAGCAGGGCACCCAAGAACCACUAAACAGAUUAUUGCUCUUCAGCAAAUAUUAGCAUGCUAACACGCUUAACAAAACUAGCAUGGUAAACAAUAUACCUUCUGAACAUUAGCAUGUUAGCAUUUAAUUCCUAACAUUUUAACAUGCUGACGUUGGCAUAAGAUCAAAGCUCAUGUAGCUCAAAGCACCACUGCUUCAAAUUACAACUCAUUGUGCUAUUUAAAGCCGUUAGCAGUGAACAGUGACACAGAAAACAUAAUUUAAAUCCUAUUUAACUACAAACACUCGCUACUCCAAAGAGCUCCUGUUUUCUUUUUUAUCAUACUCCUUUUGUUUCCAUCUUCUUCAUCAAACACUGUCAUGACACCUGUCACAUAAAUCCAAACCAGGGACCUUUAUCCUCCUUCAUCUGGCUCCAGCAGGGCUCUCUGUUAUCCUGUCGGUCCCUCUGCAGGGGACGAGGGUUUCCUCUCAGCCUCCUGGCCAGCCCUCUCUGACCCCUGUAUUAAGUUAGCUUUAAUUUGUUGUCCUUCCAUCUUUAUUUAUCAAGGCCAAGUUGCAUAGUCAAACAUUAACAUACAGCCUCUUUUCGGAAGGAAGUAUUAGUGGAUUACAUAGUAGUUUACUUUUCCUGGGCCAGAACCGAUUUGUGUGGCUGGCCUCUUUGUCGAGGUCAACAUUGUAGGAAGGCAAGAACCCUCUGCACUUGGAUCAAAACUGUAGCCUAUUAUCAUUCCUCAAGAGCCAUAUGUUGAGCUGUUACACAUUUUAGUAUGAUUAUUAUGAAUAUCUGACUCUUAUACACUGGGAUGUUGAUCAUGAGGGAAGUCUUAAAACAGGUUUAAUAAUCCUAAUUCUGGGAAUUGAAAAGAAAAGUGGUUUAAAGGUCAAAGAUGUAUUCGGGUAACAGUAACACAGGGGAAAAUCUGUUGUCUGGAGAUGCAAAAUGGAUGAAAGAGAAAGAUGAAAGGAAUAUGAAAAGGUUAGAAAAGUGUCAAAAUAACUAUACUUUCACGGGAAGACUAGGGGUAGAGGAAUGUGAGAAUUGGGUUAGGGAUAUUGCCAAAUAUCUGGAAUGUAACUACCAGAAACCUGCAGAUCCACUGCAGCUCUUGUUCCCCUGUAAUUAUGUUGUAUGAUGUCCUUUUUGUUUUCUGUUGUUUUUCUGUGUAACCAAUGUGCUGCAGGUCUACCUUGAAAAAGAUCGUUGAUCUCAAUGGGAUUUUACCUGGUUAAAUAAAGGCUACAAACAAACAAA